AUGUCUUGGUUAUUUGGGGGAAAAACAACUGACACUAAGGAUUCUGAUACUAAACAGUCAUUAGGUUUUGAUCCUUCUCAAGUCUCUAAUGUUUCCGAUAUUAUAAAUGCACCCGGAGCUUUAGACUCAGCGAAGUUACACCCGUUAGCUGGUUUAGAGAAAGGUAUUGAAUAUUUGGAUUUAGAAGAUGAACAAUUGAAUUCGAUCGAUGGAGCUCAAGGAGUUAUUCCAUCUAGGAGUUGGACCGAUGAUUUAUGUUAUGGUACGGGUGCAGUUUAUUUGAUGGGAUUAGGAAUUGGAGGAGCUUACGGCUUUCAAGAGGGAGUAAAUAGUUUGCCUAAGAAUGCACCUCCCAGACUUCAGCUAAAUACAGUAUUGAAUCACAUAACCAGAAGGGGGCCAUUCUUAGGUAAUACAGCAGGUGUAUUAGCAUUGACUUAUAAUUUGAUCGAUUCUUCUUUUGACGCGCUUAGAGGUAAGCAUGAUGAUUUAAACUCUAUUGGUGCUGGCGUGUUAGCUGGAGCACUUUUCAGAAGUAGUUCAGGACUCAAACCAAUGGGCUAUUCGGCGGGAAUGAUGGCUGCUGCGGCAGGUGCUUGGUGUGGUAUUAAAAGAUUAUUGUCAUGA